AAAAUCAACACUUGACAUUCAAACAAAACACACACACACACAAACUCAUCAUAUCACCCACACUCUUACAAAACCAAAACCUCCUCUCUUCUUCCCCACUCCAUCAAUGGAGGCCCAAGCCCCCCCGAAGAAAACCUUCAUCGCCGCCCUAAUGUCGGCGGCGGCGUCCCCCCGCACCCCCUCGUACCGCGAAGACACCUACCUCCCCUCCCACCUGAAACCCUCGGAGCAGAAAUCCCUCCAACACCUGAAGCAAUCCCUCCUGGCCUCCUCCCCCACCCCCCACCCCUCCAUGUGGGGCAUCCCCCUCCUCCCCCCCGACGCCGACCCCCGCGGCGACGUCGUCCUCCUCAAGUUCCUCCGUGCCCGCGACUUCCGCCCCCGCGACGCCGCCGACAUGCUGCUCCGCUGCCUGGAGUGGCGGCGCGCCUUCGCCGCCGACGCCGUCGCCGAAGAGGACCUCGGCUUCAAGGAGCUGGAGGGCGUGGUCGCCUACAUGCGCGGCCUCGACCGCGGCGGGCGGCCCGUCUGCUACAACGCGUACGGGGUCUUCAAGGAUAAGGAGAUGUACGAGAGAAUCUUCGGAGACGAGGAGAAGCUCGGCAGAUUCCUGCGGUGGAGGGUCCAGAUUCUGGAGCGCGGGAUGAAGCUGCUGGAUUUCAAACCCGGCGGCGUGAAUUCCAUUAUUCAAGUCACCGAUCUCAAAGAUAUGCCGAAACGAGAGCUCAGAGCUGCUUCCAAUCACAUCCUCUCACUUUUUCAAGAUAAUUACCCAGAAAUGGUGGCCAGAAAGAUCUUCAUAAACGUGCCGUGGUACUUCAGCUUGCUGUAUUCGAUGUUCAGCCCUUUUCUAACUCAACGAACCAAGACCAAGUUCCUCAUUUCUAAGGAAGGAAAUGCAGCCGAGACUCUUUACAAGUUUAUUAGGCCGGAAGACGUGCCGGUACAGUACGGCGGGUUGUGGCGGGCCGGUGAUGAUCUGAGCGGUCCAGCUAAACCGGCGUCUGAGUUCACGGUUAAAGGAGGGGAAAAAGUGAACAUUGAGAUUGAGGGCAUAGAGGUGGAUUCAACUAUAAGUUGGGACAUAGUGGUAGGAGGGUGGGAAUUGGAAUACGCGGCAGAAUUCGUGCCAAAUGCGGACGUCGGCUACACCGUGGCGGUGGAGAAACAGCGACGGAUGGCUGCUGACGAGGAGGCGGUGCACGGCUCGUACACCACUAGGGAAGCCGGGAAAUUGGUGCUGUCUGUCGACAACGGUACCUCACGGAGGAGGAAGGUGGCGGCUUAUCGCUACACUGUCCGAAAAUCCGCCGCUAUUGUGUAAAAACAAGGGAGUUUGUGUUUAUUUCUUCGAAAAUUUGAAAAAAAGAAAAGAAAAGUGAAUUUGUCUCUUUUACUUUUUCCAGCUUUAUUCACUUUUUUCUAUUUUCUGGUGGUGAUGCUUGUACUAGGAUACGGCAGCCCAAUCAGAUGUAUUCCCUCGUCGACGUCGUAUCUGAUAAAAAUCUAAAAUUUCGAAAUUCAGUUUA